GACUAUUGCGAGAACCAGUGGCAGUGUGCGAUAUAUGAUCAACAGAACUAUGGCCAAGUUAACAAAGGGGCAGACGAUUGAUAUGAGGAAAAAAUUUAUUGGAUUUUUGUGAUGCAUCUCAGAUUAAAAAGAUGAUCUGGGCCGGUUUUGACUGCAUUAUACAUUCCAAGCCCAAGUCGAGUGGUGUCCAGUAAAUUAGUGGAAAACUGUGCCUUGUUUUUCCCCAGUGAUCCCCUGAAGAUAGUGCGAGCAUCAGGCCAGUACAUGUAUGAUGAGCUAGGCCAUGAGUAUCUCGACUGUAUCAACAAUGUCUGUCAUGUUGGUCACUGUCAUCCAGAUGUGGUUGAGGCAGGAGCCAAUCAGAUGCAAGUUCUCAACACAAACUCUCGAUUUCUCCAUGACAACAUUGUCCAUUUGGCCCAGAGAUUGGUGGAAUCAAUGCCCGAAAGUUUGUCAGUUGUAUUCUUCACAAACUCUGGCUCUGAAGCCAAUGAUCUUGCUUUACAGAUGAGUCGACAUCACACUCAGCACACAGAUGUGAUCACCCUGGAGAGAGCCUAUCAUGGUCACCUGACCUCUCUGAUAGAUCUGAGCACGUACAAAAUGAAUGACAUGACUGAUGGGGUUCAUCGAAAGCCAGACUUUGUCCAUGUGGCAGCCUGUGCAGAUACCUAUGGUGGGAAAUACCGAGACUGUGACUAUCCUGGAGAAGACUUGGCUCAGAAGUAUGCUGACGAUGUCAAAGAAAUAAUUGAAUCGUUAACAAAACAAGGCCGUUCUCUCAGUUGUUUCAUUGCUGAAUCACUACAGAGCUGUGGAGGACAAAUCAUAUAUCCUCAGGGAUAUUUACAAAAAGUCUUUAAACAUGUUCACGAUGUUGGAGGUGUGUGCAUAGCAGAUGAAGUUCAAGUCGGGUUUGGGCGUGUCGGCAGUCACAUGUGGGCCUUCCAGUUACAAGAUGCCAUCCCUGAUAUUGUAACGAUAGGCAAGCCAAUGGGAAAUGGUCAUCCUAUAUCAGCUGUCAUCACGACUAAGGAAAUCAGUGACAGUUUCCGUGCUUCUGGUGUGGAGUAUUUCAAUACAUAUGGUGGUAACCCUGUAUCUUGUGCCAUAGGACUGGCAGUGCUGAAUGUUAUUGAAAAGGAAAACAUGAGAGAAAAUGCCACUAAAGUUGGAAACUACUUGAUGCAGAAGCUGAGAGAGAUGCAGAAGAAUUUCCCUAUCAUUGGGGAUGUUAGAGGAGUGGGGAUGUUUGUAGGAGCUGAUUUGGUUGAGGAUCCUACGACAAGGAAGCCGGCCGUAUCUGAGGCGACCUACAUAACACACAGACUGAAAGAAGAAAGAAUUCUUUUCAGUCGGGAUGGACCUAACCGAAACGUCCUCAAGUUCAAGCCACCCAUGUGUUUUACACUGGAGAAUGUUGAUCUUCUCUGCGACAAGCUUGAGAUGGUAUUUGAUGAAAUCAAAGAUGGAAAGCAUUUAAACACCAACAAAUCCCACAAACGGCAACACACUGUUGGAAUCAAUGGCCAAACCGACUCUGUCACCAAGAAGAGCAAAAUAGCUUCAUAGUACUUGGUGUGGGACUUGCUGGUUUUAGCUUUUUGUUAAUGUUAGAGAGUGCUAAGUUUUUAAUAUUAACAACUUCUUAACUUUAUAUGUAUAAUAUAUAUGUGUGUGUUUCUAGUGGAAUACAGCAUUACAUUUGAGACAGUUUAAAUGACUGCACCACAUGUUUAGACACUUUUAAUCAAGACACUUUUUCACUUGUUCUUAACUGCAAGGGUAAACCAUUGUGUUUUGAGGAAGUGGGGAACUAUCCUUGGGAGAGGGGUACAAUUUAGGGACCUAUAUUCUUUUGAGGUAAUGUGUUGACUUUAUCCAACAGUGUUUUUUCACAUUUAUUUUAAAGGAAUAGAACACUAUCCUUGGACAUUUUUCAACUUGAAGAAAUAGAACACUAUCUUGCAAACUGUUCAUCGUGAACAUUAGAUGGAAUCUCUAUUACAUAUCAUCUUGGAAACCUCAGAACAAGUAAUGCAAACUGAAGCCAAUAUAAACAGUAAUGCAAACCUUUUGGAGGGCAAUUGUGUUUUUAGUUCUGUUAUAAUAGCUAGUAAUAAAUCAAACUUUGCAGCAUAUAAUAUUACUAUGGUCAACGAUGAGACAUUCCUACCCUAUUGUUUGCUGAUAUGUUUUUAUUUAGUGAAAAUAUUUUGUUUAAGUUUUUAAAAAUCAGAGGGAAAAUUGCAUACCAUUCAUCAAAUAUAACAUACAAAAACAUUUUCAUUAGAUAUUUAAUGUGUAUUGUGUACGAAGUCAAAAUGAUGUAGUACUUUCCUGUCGUCAAAUUUGAGUUCUGCCAACUGUGUUAAGGGAAUAUAAAAUAAACAAUUGUUUAUUUAUUUAUUACUAAGGUUGAGGACUUACUUUUUGUACCCUUGUUUUGGCUUUGUACACAAUAAAUUUAACAUAUCCAACAGUAAUUAUUUUUGAUAUGAUAUAUUAGACAAAUAAUAUUUUUUAUUUCUUUCAUCUUUUAAAACUUAAACAUAAUAUUUUGUCUAAAUUAUAAAAAUUUUUAAACAUUUCAACAUGUAAACAACAGUGUCUGCUUGAUAUAGAACUCAGAACUAUUUUAAAAGAGGUGAAGGUAAAUAGACAGGGUUUUAUUUUUAAUGUGGUAAAGCAUUGUAAUAAUAUAGCUGAUUUAGAAUUUGAAUUAUAUCAGUAUUCCAAUGAGUUAAUGACAAUAUACUGGGUGCGUAACAUUUCUGUUUUCAGAACGCUAAAAUAAUUCCAGUGCAAAAAUUGCUAUUGAAAACAUUUUUUUUAUGAAAAUUACUGUGGUUGAAGAAAAUCUUGUAACUAAUUGUUUUUAACUAGUUACAAAAUAUGCAUAUGAAUUGAAAUUUAUGUUAUAUUUAUUGUGAACAAAGCCAAAACAAGGGUGUGAAAAGUGACUGUUGUCAACCUUGGUCAACAGUGAUCAAAUCUGAGAUUUAUUUAUGUGUUUUCAGUUUGACCAUGACACUAAUAAUUAGGUCAACAUGAAAGAAAAGGUCACACAGCAGCAGGGUUACUAAAUAGCCCAACAAAGUAUUGCCUGAAAAUAUAUACGUUUAAUUUAUCCUGAAAAAAUGCUUUAUUCAACCAACUUCAUAGUCAUAAUAUACCACUUGUUAUGUGUUUUUAAUUUAAUAUCCAUAAAAGUUAUUAAUUAGGUGGAACAUGUGUCUUUUAUAAUAUUAUUGGUUUAUUGUUAAAUUAAUCGACAUGCUUUAGAGAGGAGGAUGUAUGCAGAUACAGCAGUUUGCAAAUUAUCUCCCUAUUAAGUAUUAUAAUAUUCCUUUGCGUUCUCAGCAAUGAACAUCUAUGCUUUUGUUUUACAUGGUAGUUUCUCUCUGCUUGUAUUUUUGUUUUUACUGUAGAAAAUAUAUUUUGCUCCGCUUUUGUGCUUUUGAAUGGUGUUUGUUUUGUUCUUGGGCUUUUUGUGUAUGUAGGUGUGUUUGAAAAGUUGUUAAGGUUCUACUUAGCAUUUUUAAUUUGUUUUAUGCACUCUACUGUUUUUACUUAUGCAAAGCGUAUUCUAUAAUCUAGUCUACAUUAUGCUUUAAAUUUGCAUAUCUAAAAUGUAUUAUUUAGUGAUAUGUCUCUGUAUUAUUUUCCAGUACAUGUAUUAUUUAAAGAUCAUUAUUUCUGCUUUUUAUAUCUCGGUUUAUUGCCAUAAUUGAAACUUUUAAAAAUAAUUUAUUGCUUUUAUUGCUGCUUUUUUUUCACUAAUGUGUGUGCAUUUUUUACUAUUGAUUUAUUUUAUAUUUUAUCUACUCUACCACAGUACAAUUAAUAAUGUACUAUAAUGUUAUUUUUAUAUAAAAUAGCACUUUUCAUUUACUUUUUUGUGCAGUCUAUAUAAUUAAUAUUGUUAGAAAUGAUCAGGGCUCUCUCAGGAUCAAAAAUACCUGUUGCCAAAAAAUUAGCAAAUGGGAUUUUUAUUGGCUAUAAUGAAAAUGUUUUAGUCAAAAUUGUUUUGUGCAGUACUGUAUAGAGUAUUUAUAUAUGAAAAUGCAUCUC